AUGGAAGAAUUGAAUAAAAGUGGCAUUUACAGUAAACAAUUUUCUCUCAGUCAAAAUAAGCACAAUAGUGAGAGACUACAAAGAUUAGAGAAAAGAUUAAGCGGCUUACAUUUCAGUAUCGAGUUACAAAAAAAUGAAAAAAUAGAUAAAUUGAAUGAAAAAAUAAACACACUGGAAGAAAAGCUAAUAGAAAUGCAUGAAAAUUCUAAUAAAACAUUUGAAAAAUUAAACGAAAAGCUAAAUGAUAUACGUAACGAUGUAACUAAUUAUAAAAAUGAACUAGAAGAAUUUAAAAAUGAUCAUAAAAAAAAAUUAAAAUUACUAGAAGAAAAAGCUGAAGAUUUCAUAAAUAAGGAAAAAGAAGACUGGAGCAGGCUCAAAAUUAAGUUGGUAAAGGAUUUUCAGCAUAAAGCAGCCCUUCUAAAAGAAGAAAUGGUUGAAGAAUAUGGACUUAUUGAAGAAAAGGAAGAUUCACUAAGAAAAUAUUACGACUGUGAAAUUAACAAUAUAAAAUCUAUUAUACAAAAUGAAAUCAGUGAGAGGAUAAAAACAGAAAAAAUAAUAUUAUCUGAUGUAGAUGAUAAAAUAAACGAAAUUAUGAAAAUAAUUAGAAAUGAAAAAACGACAAG